GACCGUAGCCUAAUAAAUAUGAGAAAAUGUACAAAUUCGGUAAUAUUCUCAAAAGGACUAAGUUAGAAACACCACACGAAGCCAUAAAAGAAAAGGAGAUGUCGGGAAACAUCGGUGUCUAGAGUGCUAAAAACAAAAAGGCGGCUGAGAAGCUUUUCCCAUGGGACAGAGCGGCAAACCGUUGGAGGGAUGGAUAUGUUCAGAAAGCGGCCUCCCCCAGAAGAGGAGAGGAGGGUCCGAGCCAAUGACAGAGAGUACAAUGAGAAGUUUCAGUAUGCAAAAAAUUGUAUCACGACCUCUAAGUAUAACAUCAUCACAUUUCUGCCAAUCAACCUCUUUGAGCAGUUCCAGGAAGUUGCUAACACAUACUUUCUGUUUCUUCUCAUUCUACAGUUGAUUCCUCAGAUCUCCUCCUUGUCCUGGUUCACCACCAUUGUGCCUUUAGUACUAGUGCUGAGCGUCACUGCAAUCAAAGAUGCCACUGAUGACUAUUUUCGUCAUAAGAGUGACAACCAGGUGAAUAAUCGCCAGUCUCAGGUUCUAAUCAAUGGCAUUCUUCAAAAAGAAAAGUGGAUGAAUGUGACAGUGGGUGACAUCAUUAAACUGGAGAACAACCAAUUUGCAGCAGCUGACCUGCUCCUCUUGUCCAGCAGCGAACCACAUGGAUUGUGUUACAUUGAGACAGCAGAACUAGAUGGUGAGACCAACAUGAAAGUCCGCCAGUCUCUGUCUGUUACCUCAGAGCUAGGAGAUCCUGCCAACCUCGCUCAGUUUAAUGGUGAGGUGGUGUGUGAGCCUCCCAAUAACAAACUGGAUCGAUUCAGUGGUACUCUAUACUGGAGGGACUGUAAGUACACUCUGACCAAUCAGAACAUGCUGCUAAGGGGCUGUGUCCUGCGCAACACUGAGAGCUGCUACGGGCUUGUCAUAUUUGCAGGUCCUGACACCAAGCUGAUGCAGAACAGUGGACGCACAAUAUUCAAAAGGACCAGCAUAGACCGCCUUAUGAACACUCUGGUCUUGUGGAUCUUUGCUUUCUUGGUGUGUAUGGGAGUAAUAUUGGCUAUAGGAAACGCUGUGUGGGAGAGUGAGGUGGGCUCUCUCUUCCAGAUUUACCUCCCAUGGGACCCUCCGGUUGACAACUUCCUCUUCUCAGCCUUCCUCUCCUUCUGGUCAUACAUUAUUAUUCUCAACACAGUUGUGCCCAUCUCCCUCUAUGUCAGUCUGGAGGUCAUUCGGUUGGGUCAUAGUUACUUUAUCAACUGGGAUCGACGAAUGUUCUGUAAUCACACCAACACACCAGCGGAAGCGCGAAGCACAACACUAAAUGAAGAGCUGGGCCAGGUGGAGUACAUCUUUAGUGACAAGACUGGGACCCUCACUCAGAACAUCAUGACCUUUAACAAAUGCUCCAUCAAUGGAAACACUUACGGUGAAGUAAUCGACAUUCCGGGACCUCAGCUUAAGCGGGCUCAACCCCUGGAUUUUAGCACAUGGAACCCUUUAGCUGAUCAGGACUUCCGCUUCUAUGACCCAUCACUGCUGGAAGCUGUAAAAGUCGGGGAGCCAUCCGUUCAUGAAUUCUUUCGUCUGCUGUCUCUUUGCCACACUGUCAUGAGUGAGGAGAAAUGCGAGGGAGAGCUGAUAUAUAAAGCUCAGUCCCCUGACGAGGGUGCCUUGGUGACAGCAGCACGAAACUUUGGCUUUGUGUUCCGUUCUCGUACACCCGGCACGAUCACCACACUGGAGCUGGGCAAAGCAGUCACAUAUACACUUCUUGCCAUCCUGGACUUCAACAACAUUCGCAAGAGGAUGUCAGUCAUAGUAAGGAUGCCAGGGGGUCGUAUUCGUCUCUACUGUAAGGGAGCAGACACAGUGCUAUUCGAAAGGCUUCACUCCUGCAACCACAUGCUCAUGAACAUCACCUCAGACCACCUUAAUGAGUAUGCAGGAGACGGGUUACGCACUCUUGUGCUGGCUUAUCGGGAUCUGUCAGAAGAGCAGUGGGAGAAGUGGGCGGAACGUUACGAUGGUGCUGACAAAGCUGCAGACUUCAGAGAGGAUCGUCUGGCUGAUGCAUAUGAGGAGAUUGAGCAAGAUAUGACGUUGUUGGGGGCCACAGCUAUAGAGGAUAAACUGCAGGAGGGUGUUGCUGCGACCAUCGAUCUUCUGUCUCUGGCUAAUAUUAAAAUCUGGGUGUUAACUGGAGACAAGCAGGAGACAGCAGUAAAUAUUGGAUAUUCGUGUAAAAUGCUGACUAACAGUAUGACAGAGGUUUUCAUUGUUAAUGGACAUACUGUUCAAAGUGUUCGAGGAGACCUCAGGAGAGCUAGGGAGCGCAUGAUAGAGUCAGCCCACACUAGAGAUAGCGAGAAGGAGGUGGAAACCAAAGAUUUGGGUGCAGCCUGCUCUCUGGAUAAUGAAUUUACUAGCAAAAAUGGAGCUGAUCAGAAGCCUAAUCAGGAAAAAGGUGUCCACUCACAUACUCCUACCUCAGCACUGGAGUCUGUUAGUGGAGAGUUUGCACUGGUUAUCAGUGGACACAGUCUGGCUCAUGCCUUGGAGUCAGACAUGGAGCAGGAGUUUUUGGAGACAGCGUGUGCUUGUAAGGCAGUGAUUUGCUGUAGGGUCACUCCUCUACAAAAAGCCAUGGUGGUUGAGCUUGUGAAAGGGCACAAGAAAGCCGUUACGCUUGCUAUCGGAGACGGAGCUAAUGACAUCAGCAUGAUCAAAACCGCCCAUAUAGGAGUGGGCAUCAGCGGGCAGGAGGGUAUCCAAGCGGUUCUGGCAUCCGACUAUUCUUUCUCCCAGUUUCGCUUCUUACAGCGCCUCCUGCUGGUCCACGGCCGUUGGUCCUACCUGCGCAUGUGCCGCUUCCUGUGCUACUUCUUUUACAAGAACUUUGCCUUCACCAUGGUGCACUUCUGGUUUGGGUUCUUCUGCGGCUUUUCGGCACAGACAGUGUAUGACCAAUACUUCAUCACUUUAUAUAACAUUGUGUACACAUCAUUACCUGUCUUGGCCAUGGGCAUUUUUGACCAGGACGUUCCUGAGCAGCAUAGUCUGGAAUACCCAAAGCUCUACGAGCCAGGUCAGCUGAACUUGCUCUUCAAUAAACGCGAGUUCUUCAUUUGUAUCACCCAGGGCAUCUACACUUCAUUGGUUCUGUUCUUCGUGCCAUAUGGAGUCCUCUCACAGGCCACACAAAGCAACGGUGUCCCACUUGCAGAUUAUCAGACUUUCGCUGUUACUACAGCCACAGCACUCGUCAUUGUUGUCAGCGUCCAGAUAUCACUAGACACAGGGUACUGGACUGCUGUUAACCAUUUCUUUGUGUGGGGUUCUCUGGGUGCUUUCUUCACUAUCCUCUUCACCAUGCACUCCAGCAUCCUGUUCAACAUCUUCCCCAAGCAGUUUCACUUCCUGGGAAGUGCCCAGAACACAUUAGCUCAGCCCGUGGUGUGGUUGACUAUUGCUUUAGCGACAGUAAUAUGCAUCGUUCCUGUGCUGGCCUUUCGCUUCCUCAAAGUGAGCCUUAAGCCACAGCUGUCAGAUACUGUGCGCUACACUCAGCUUGUUCGACAAAAGAAGUGGAAGCCUGGCGGAAACACACUGAGUGCUGGCAAAGUUGGAGGCGCUGGAGCCGGAACUUUGGGGCACUCUAGGCAUGGCGGUUCUCGACGCUCAGGUUAUGCUUUUGCACACCAAGAAGGCUUUGGAGAGCUGAUUACAUCAGGCAAAAACAUGCGCCUGAGCUCGCUCGGUCUCGCCACUUUCGCCUCCCGUCACAGCACCAGCUGGAUCGAUACCCUGCGCAAGAAAAAAGUGUCAGCAACUGCAAGUGCUCAAAACACCCCUUCUGAACAAACAAAUGUGGACCCUGUCCUUAGCAACAGUGUCAGCAAUGUUCAGUUCUGCUUGGAAACUGUUGCGCAAGAGGAGAUGGAGGCUACAGUCUAGUAGCACAGGAAGCACUGUAUGGCUGGCAGGGAACAGGACCACGGAGCAGUGGUGCCAGCAACUCGACUCGGCUCCGUGCUUUGGGGGAAAAACCCACACAGCGUGAACUGUUUGUGGACUCCUGUCCUCGAUUGUCUUACUGAUCUUUCGUCUAACCGAGGACAAGCCUGGUGAUGACAAUCUGAUACAUGCGAUUAGAGACUAAUGUCCAAAACAUACAAAGUCACUGUGAAAGCACUGCACCGGAUACACUUCACAAACACACAUAGUAUUUUUCUGCCUAUGUUGGGCUGUGAGCCAGUUCAUCUUGACAGCCAUAAGGACUGUGUGAAAAGGAGGGAAAUUGGUUGCAAGGUUUAGCAGGUUCCACGUUUUCUGUUAGGACAAGAAGUUACGUUUUUUUGCUAUUCAGUUUAACUUAGAAAAUAGGUCUUUAGUGCAGAGAAAUGUAAGGAUUGGAUGUAAGGAUCCUCUGUAUGGUGGACAAGUCCUGUUGGCAUGUUUAAGCAAAACACUCCAAUUGGGUCAUUUAAUACUUAGUGGUAUGUAAUAGUAAAUCAGCAAAUCCCUGAAUUUCUGUCAGUCCUGGUCCCACAGAACCUUACCAGUUCCUUCAUUAUAACAACUUUAUUCAUUUUGCAGUCAUAUACCAGUCCCACUCAUGCUGGGCUGUCACCAAAACACACAUAUGAAUUGCAGGGCUUACAGAGCUGUUUAAAACAGCUGGGUGAUGGUGGUGAUAGUGGCGGUGUUGCCCCCUUGAUAAUGCUAUGGACAUGAGUAUGAAAGCUAGUAUGCUUUAUAAAUAGGUCUUUGUUUUUUAUAAAUUGCAAGUGAUUUCUAUGACCCUGCUAUACUUGUACAUAAGAUGAAAAAAAGUAUGUGGACAGUCCUCCUAAUUAUUGAAGUCAGAUCUUGUGCAUAAAGUGAGGUUUGAGGUCUAUAAAUGCAUGGUUUGACAGGUUGAGCGUGGAAGAGCCAUAAAAUGAACCCUAUUGAACACCCCACUUUUGGGAUGACGUAUGUCAGCUGGACGCCAGACCUUCUUGUCCAACAUAAUUGCUUGACCCGACAAUUUUUUUUUCAACUGAAUUGGCACAAUUACUACAAAAAGUCACCUGAAUGUUGUGGAAGACCAUUUCAGAAGAGUGGCAGCUGUUGUGGCUGCAAAAGACUGUGGUUUUGGAAUGUGAUGUCCCACAUAUCUUUAGCUAUACAGAGUUAGGUCUUAUAUGUACUAUUAAAUAAUAUGGUAAACUGUUGAAGCACAGUAUAGCCUUUACUUCAUAACGAUGGAAAUGGUGCAUCUGUACAGCCUAUUAAUGGGCAACCAAUAUAUGGGAAUGAGAUGAUUAAGUAAAAGACACACUUGCACAGUAGGCUGGCAAAUACAUGUAGAAUUUAUCACAGCUGCUCUGUCAAACGGUUACAUAUAUUUGCUUAGGACAUUUUUGUCACCUUUAAACCUUUAGGAUUUCUGCAACUGUCUUUCCAUGACUAAUUGGAAAACAUGCUUCAGUUCAAUGUGGGUGUUUGAACGAACACUUACAACGUCUGCUGGGUUUAAAAUAUAUAUACAGAUACUUAGACUAUUGUUCUGGUUGAGUAGAAGUUUUUAUAUUUACAGUUAUUUAUGCUGUACUUCAGGUGGUGAUUUCUUUGCCCAUAGAGGUGUUUUCAACACAUCCAUUAAAACAAACCACCAGCAUUACCAUGCAAAAGUCUCUUAAACCCUGUACAGAUCUAAGAAAAAAAUUCAAAGCAAUUUAAGCUGUCAGUUAGGUUUUACAUAACCAUGUAUGCAGUGCACUAUAGAAGCCUUUGCUUUAAAAUUCUGGACACCUACCUUUUGGUCAGAUAUUACUAAAAUGUAUUUUAUUAUUGUUUUUAUUUAUUUGUGGAUAAAUAAGUUUGAGUCUGCCCCCUACCUUUCUUUUAGCCUGCUACCCCUGAGACCCUUUCCUUGUUGCCAUCGGCUAUAUGGGCAUGUUUACAGACUUGAUUGGCUGUGUCUUAAGUGGUUAAAGGGUGGCCAAAUUCUUGCGAUGGCUUGGUGCCUUUUCCAGUGUAUUCCUGGCCUGAAAUUAAUAAUGGAAAUUAUUUAUUAUUUAUUUUUAUAUUAAAAAUGUUUUACCUUUUCUCUGAAUUUAGUCAUAUCCUAUUAUCUGGUUAUAUUUCUCCUCCAUUCCUGCAGACCCCUCCCUACCUUGGUUAUAUUAGGAUGUUAUAGGGAAAAGUAAUUUUUCAUUUCAUUUUAAUUUGAUCAACAACCUUAUCCCGGUCAGGGUUGCAGCAGACCCAGUUCCACAAGGAAACACUGGGCACUGGGCAGAAAUACCAAGGACAGGUCACCAAUCCAUCUCAGGACUUCGGCCAUCCACCCAUUAUACAUAGCCAGUCAUGUCUGUGUAGACGCCCAGCUGGCUGAUAGCACCAUUGAGAUUGAAACCCACAUUUCAUUUUUGCAGUGGUGGGCUAGUGUAAUAGACUGCUGCACCACCUCUUUUGUCGAACAAGCUGAGUGUAGCGCAAAUUAAAAGAGAUUAAAUAAUGCUGGUUGUCAGUGUAUUGGAAUCAACCUGACUAAUCCUGUUCAUGUGUUUACAGAAAAGUCACCAGCUACAGUCAUACAUAAUCAGUAACUAGAAAUAGGAGCCCAUGCCAUUUCUAGUUAUAAAAUGAUGACAUUAUAAAAUGUUCUACAUCAUCAAAUUAAUAAUCAAAAUUUAUAAUAAUCAGAUAUUUUACAUGUAUGUAUUUCUGACCCAGCAGAUAGGGAUUCUUUUUUUUCUUCUUUGUUUUUGGGUUAAAAUCCUAAGAAAUUCCUUUUGUUUUUGAUGCAAUACUGAAUACUUGACAUACCAAAGAGAAAAGAAGCCACUCUUUGCACAUAUAAACCCAUUUGUACUCCACAGAAGGAUGACUUGUUCCUUUUAACUACAGACGACCCGAGUGAGUGUGGACUGACCUCAGAACUUUUUUGUUCAUGUGCACACUAUAGUUCUCAAUGAGAACGCGAGUGGGAAAAAAAACGUCUUGCUCUGCUUUCUAGUUUCUAGUUUUACACCAUAUUGGUGCUCUAGGACUCUUGUGCUGGACUGAUGGGGUCAUGCCCUUAGAGCCCAAAUGCUUCUUUGGAUCCUACUAGACGAAUAUCUGAAGUGUAAAAUGAUCAAAUGGCUUUCAUCUCGUACCUACCUGACAAGUCAUUCUAAAACUGAAAGUGGCCUUAGAUGCAGUAUGUGUGCUGGAACCAAUAAAGCUGUUGUAUGUGCAGGUAAAUACAUGGCCACAUGUGAUUCAUGACAUAAGCUCACAUUUCCUGAACUGUCAUAACUGUUUUUUUUUAUUUGAGUUGGCGAGUGAAGACUCCAAUUGCAAUAAGAGCGUUCUAUUGUCUAUUGCAAUAAGAGCAUUUGGUGAGAGAAAUCCGGGUGUUAUUUUUGUGAACCAGUAUCUGUUCAGAUCUGUAGAUGACUGAAAUCUUGACUUGUUGGGCAAAUAUGAAUAAACUUACAUACUUAUGACAAAUAA